CCAGCAGCCCUGCUCGGCAGGGCAGAGCGGGGUCCUGACGCCCUGGGCUCUCUAGGAGGACUGACUGAGGAGCUGCUUGGGAACAACAGCAGCAGGUCUAGUAGGUUUUAGAACGUGCUGAGGAAUCUAGGCUGAGCGACAGGAAAGGGGGAAGAAACGAGAUUCUGGACUGUCACUUGCUUUACUGGGAUGCAGGAUUUCUUUUGAUUGGCUGAAUCAGGAGAGAUGGCCAAACGCACCUUCUCCAUGCUAGAGACGUUCCUGAUCUUCCUCCUCGUGUUGAUGACCGCUAUCACAGUAGCCCUUCUCAGCCUCCUGUUUAUCACCAGUGGGACCAUCGAAAAUCACAAAGAUUCAGGUUUCCCAUCCACCCAGAGCUCCCCGACCACCGUGGGCUCCACAGCCAGUCAAGGUCCGGCACACACGGAUGGCGCUACGAUCACAAAGGCCCCUCCUGUGGUUAGCACUCCAGAGCCUCCUCUCUUCCAGAACUUCAGUGGCUACCAUAUUGGUGUUGGGCGAGCUGACUGCACAGGACAAGUAGCAGAUAUCAACUUGAUGGGCUACAGUAAGACUGGCCAGAACGCACGUGGCAUCCUCACCAGGCUGUACAGUCGAGCUUUCGUCAUUGCAGAGCCAGAUGGGUUAAAUCGAAUGGUGUUUGUCAGCGUCGACAUAGGCAUGGUAUCCCAACGCCUCAGGCUGGAGGUCCUGAACAGAUUGCAGAGUAAAUACGGCUCCCUGUACAGAAGGGACAAUGUCGUCCUGAGCGGCACUCACACUCACUCGGGGCCAGCAGGGUUUUUCCAGUACACUGUAUUUGUCAUCGCCAGCGAAGGGUUCAGCAAUCGAACUUUUGAAUACAUGGUCACUGGCAUUGUGAAGAGCAUCGAGAUGGCGCACAGAAAUAUGAAACCAGGCAAAAUCUUUAUCAACAAAGGAAUUGUGGAAGGUGCCCAGAUCAACCGAAGCCCUUCUUCCUACCUUCAGAAUCCUGAGUCAGAGCGAGCCAGGUAUUCUUCAAAUACUGACAAAGAAAUGGUCGUCCUAAAAAUGCAAGAUUUGAAUGGAGCUGAACUGGGCCUUCUCAGCUGGUUUGCCAUCCACCCGGUCAGCAUGAACAACAGCAAUCAUCUCGUCAAUAGCGACAACAUGGGCUAUGCCUCGUACCUUUUUGAGCAAGAGAAGAACAAAGGCUAUCUACCUGGACAGGGGCCAUAUGUAGCAGCCUUCGCUUCAUCAAACUUGGGAGAUGUGUCCCCCAAUGUUCUUGGCCCACGUUGCAUCAACACCGGAGAGUCCUGUGAUAAUGCCAAUAGCUCUUGUCCCAUUGGCGGGCCCAGCAUGUGUGUUGCUGUGGGACCUGGACAGGACAUGCUCCACAGCACGCAGAUUAUAGGACGGAUCAUCUAUAAGAAAGCGAAGGAACUGUACGACUCUGCCUCCCAGGAGGUCAUGGGACCACUGGUUGCGGCUCAUCAGUGGGUGAAUAUGACGGAUGUCACCGUCCAGCUCAACUCCACACACACAGUAAAAACGUGUAAACCCGCACUGGGCUACAGUUUUGCGGCUGGGACUAUUGACGGAUUCGGGAGCCUCAAUUUUACGCAGGGGACAACAGUAGGGGAUCCAUUUUGGGACACUCUUCGGGAUCAAAUCCUGGGCAAACCAUCUGAAGAAAUCAAAGAGUGUCAUAAACCAAAGCCAAUCCUCCUUCAUACUGGAGAGUUGACAAAACCUCACCCCUGGCACCCAGAUAUUGUUGAUGUUCAGAUUGUCACGAUUGGGUACUUGGCCAUAACUGCCAUCCCUGGGGAGUUUACGACCAUGUCUGGACGGAGACUUCGAGAGGCAGUUCAAGCUGAAUUUGCAACCAAUGGGAUGGAGAAUAUGACCAUCGUGAUUUCGGGUCUGUGCAACGUGUACACACAUUAUAUUACCACCUUUGAAGAAUACCAGGCUCAGCGGUAUGAGGCAGCAUCUACAAUUUAUGGACCACACACUCUGUCCGCGUAUAUCCAGCUCUUCCGAGGCCUUGCUAAGGCCAUUGCUACGGAUACAGUAGCCAACCUGAGCAGAGGUCCAGAGCCUCCAUUUUUCAAACAACUGAUAGCCUCCUUAAUUCCUAAUAUUGCGGAUAGAACACCGAUAGGCAAAAAUUUUGGGGAUGUUCUGCAGCCCGCGCAACCUACAUACAGAGUGGGAGAAGUUGCUGAAGUUACCUUCGUAGGCGCUAACCCGAAGAACUCAGCAGAAAACCAGACCCAUCAGACCUUCCUCACUGUCGAGAAGUACGAGGCCACCUCAGCAUCAUGGCGGACAGUGCAUAACGACGCCUCCUGGGAGACUCGUUUCUACUGGCACAAGGGGCUUCUGGGUCACAGCAAUGCCACGAUACAAUGGCACAUUCCAGACACCGCCCAGCCUGGAAUCUACAGAAUAAGAUACUUCGGACACAGUCGGAAGCAGGAAUUUCUCAAGCCGGCGGUCAUCCUUCCAUUUGAAAGUGCUUCCUCUGCCUUUGAAGUAGUAACUGCUUGGUGAACAGUUGAGAGGUCAUUGAAACAGCAGCUACACUCGCUGAUUUAUAAAAAUGAUUUCACAUGAAUGUACACUGUGAUGAUGACUUCGAUAAUUGUCCCUAUUGGAGGACAGGUAGUUAACGGCGAGUGGGACCGAGGGGGGUGGUGUGUGGGGGUCCCAUUCAUUUUGCUCUAGGAGCUUUGCACACCUGAUGGUCUAACCCUAAUGCAUGAGUUUCCUUAUGGCUGUUUGAAGGAACACGUCCCCUCAGUAGGAAGCCUCUGAAAAGUGAGGGAUGUGUGAGCAACGGUCCAACUAUUUAUGUACAGAAUUAUUGACUGUUAGUGCUAGGGAAGAUUAAAGAGAUUGUGGACUUCGAUUCUUUCUUUUGCAGAUGGGAGCAAUGAAGUUUCGCAGAUUUAAGAUUAUCAGAGUGUCCAGGACUUCCCCCCCACCACUUGCCCCCAUCAUGCUUAAAAAUAUAUAAACACUGACCAUCAAUGUAUACGCCCAAUUAGAGAAAAUUAGUGUGGAAAUGAGCAUAUGCUACCCCUUCUGUCUUGAGCAUACCCUCUCAGAGACAUCGUCCUGGAGUCAAUGUGCCUGAUCUGGGACUCGUAAUGCUGGUAAAUUACUUCUGGCAUUGCCUUCCAAGGCCAAUCACGAGAAAGUCAGACCUGUAAUAUUUUGUUCAUAUCUUGUGUUUCCUUCACUGCCCUUAUCCCUUUGAGUUGUGUCUCCUAUUCCCAAGACGGGUUCUAAGGAAUUUUGACUGUUUUCACUAAUCACAUUCACCCCCCAAACGCAAGAUUUUCCAUUAGUGGAGAUAUUUAAAACAAAAGUGUUACUGGAUUGGAAGGGGGUCCUUAAAAGACAAGCUCUAAAUUCAUUUAUCUGUCUUUUGUCACGCACUUACUCAUGGACCUGUUCAAUCACAGGAUAUUUACUAAGACCUACAUACCCACUAUUGUACUAGUGCCUGGCCUUGGCAAUUAUUGUGAUCAUACUUGGGAUGAAUGUGUAAGUGUCAAAAGGGGACUGUUUCAAUGGAGAACGUUUAGUAUAUAAAUUCAAUACACUCAAUUCAGUAUAUAAAUUCUGAAGACAUUUAAAAAGUAGUGAUCUCCAAGUGUUAUCUUAUACAUAAUCUGGGUUGGAUGCUCUAAUUUAAGGGGUAAGAGGCUCCAGACAAUUUGGAAAAAGCUAUUUUCGUAGUUAUUUGGGGGGCAUUAUGAAACACCCAGCCCAGUGUCCAGAAGAAUGAGAUAUGACAGGCUGAUAUUGAUCGCCCAGAAGUACUGAUUCCGUUUAAAAUUAUCCAAGUUAACAAGAAGCUGGCUCCCAGGCUACCAAGUAAAUUUCCAAAAACCAAGUCAUGCUUUUGUAUGUAUGUAAAAGCUUUAGAAUUUUAGGGGGAAAAAAUCACUCUGUAUUUCAAAAACAAACUUUAGGGCUUGAAAAUAGUCCUGAUACUAAGAACCAUAAUCCUGGUGUUCACUGAUAUAUGACCAAACACGUUGUAUCGCACUGGAGUGGACCUGGGACACUCUGAUGGGCCAGGGUUCUGGUUCUGUGGAGGCUCCCUGCUGGACAAUUAGCUAAUCGGGAUUCCAAAUAGUAGUAGUCAUUUCCCCUAAGCACACACGGUGUUUAGUAUUAACAGUUCAGAGGCUUUGAGAAGCAGGGAAUUCUGAAAGUAGUUGACCUUAGACAGAUAAAUGACAUCAGAACGGAUGAUAAGAUUUUAAAAUGCAUUUCUCAUGAUUCAGAAGAGCUUUUGAAUUAUUUUUCACUACCUCCAUGCCUCCCACGGACGCUCCCCAGUGGGUCUGUGAUUGCCUGUUGAUGACUUGCAAUGGUGCCGAGCCAGGCACGGCACUGCUUUGGUGCUGAACCUUCCGCACCCAUCUUCCGUCCACCAGGACCCCUGGCCCCAAGCAACCCACAGAAACCUGUUUGCUCACUCGCUGCCGUCUCUCCCAAGCCACGCAGUCCUAGCUCUGCAGUUUGUGUAGGAAAAUAAGACCAGAUCCUGCAUGAUCAUAGACCAUAACUAUUCACGCCUGCAUUAAGCAACACCACAAAGAGGCAGAUCCGAUCUGUGAAUAUAUAGAAAUCUACAUCCCAGCUGUUUUGUGGCUGCUGCUGGGAGCAGCUCUUUGGAGCCAAACCAUAUGGCAAAACCUCCUGAAACUACUGGGGAACAUGGGGAAAAAAGGAGUAUUGUUGGUGGGAGAAGGUGUCUGCGGAAGGUGUUUUGUCUCGUGUCAAUGUAUCUGUGUUCUAUUUGCUGUAAUCUGUCCUCUCUGGUUUGAAGGAGGCUGUGACUUCCUCAGAAAGUACUGAAUGAUGUCUCUAUACUUUUCAAUGAGUAUGUGUCAAAUUGCUAAUAUGCAAUGUCAUAUUUAAUAAUAAAUUAGUAAGUACAAUUGGGAAA